UCAUGAUUACUUAUUUUAAUGAAAACAAGUGAAAUAAUGUCUUUGAAAUCAUUUCAUGGGAACUAAUAGCAAAUUGUAACUUAAUGUCACAUGUAAAAUACGAUCCGCUAGGUCAUUAUUAAAUGCUCACUGUAUUCAGGUAUUCCAGACUAACAUAUUCCUUGAACAGGUGAGGCUGGGCAGUAUUUAUUUUGUUCAACAGAUGUUGCCCUGCACAAACCUAAUAAUAAUAAUAAUAAAAAUAUAAUAAGCGACAAUAAAAAGAAAAAGAAUCAUGCGCACAAAUAACAAAUGCAUACAAGUGUCUCAAACCGCGGUUAGCUUUCGCGCCAAAACCUUUUUUAAAUUUCCUCUCUCUUUCGGCGAGUGCUUCCGUCACAACCAAUGAAUAUCCAUGUUCGAAUUUGAAUUUUAGCCUAUGUGUUGACUUUCGAACUAGGCUCAGAUAGACCCCAACAAAAAACAAAGAGAUACUAGGUAAAUGAACCGCAAAGAAUAUACCUGAGACGCCAGGGUACGUUCUACGUAAUGCUUUAUAUCAAUCUGUACGAUCACUAAUUAACAAACGGUCUCGUAAACGUGAGUUAUUCGCCGGUUAUCCAGUGCCUGCGUGAACUGCGAUGAAAACUUGAAACUUUCGUCAGUGUUAGCGUGAAACUUUUGAAAAGUGAAAAAUACAAUGGCUUGCAUCGAAUCGGAUGAGUCCGAGAUGAGAUCACUCGAAUUCGUCGUGAACACCAUUCGACCGGCAAUUGCUGAAAUCAAACCUCAAUGCGAGCACGUACCUCCAAAAAUGGAUCCUCUUAACGUUAACUUGGAAUCUCUGGACAAGUUCCUCACGAGGUUAAAGGAAAAAAUGUCUCUAAUAACAGAUAUAAAUAAACAUAACGAAUUCAUAGCCACGAAGGCUGCCAUAGAAGAAGACGUUUGCGAAAUUCAAGCUAGACUAGAAUUAGCCGUGAGCCGUAUCAAGGAGCUGGACUCAGAUGAAAGCCCCAUUGUGACUGUUCCGGAACCUGGAGUAGCUCGAAUAGAGAUUAAAAUUAAUUCUCAAACAGCUUGGUUCGAGAUUUCGUGUGACGAGGAGAACAACUCUUUUAAGGGUAUCCGAAGUGAGCCUCCCGUGGAAAAUUUUUUGGAUCUCGUCUCCGAACAGCCUAUUCUCAACGAAUUGAUAGCCACAAUGACAAGGCGUUUUAAAAAAACUCUUGGCAUGCAUUGAUACGAUCGGGAGGAAUACUCCAAAAGUGGCAUGUAAGCCUGGAAAUACUCUAUUUUUAAUUAAAGGACAAACGGUGCGAUCUUGCUACCAAAAAAAUGUAAAUGAUAAUUAUAACGAGAAGGGCUUAUUUUACAGAUAAUAAAAAGAAGUGAAUAGUAUUUAUACAUUGUAUAUUUGAACUUCAUGUGUUUCUACGUUUUUACUAAAAAAUAAUGAAUAAACUAUUUUGUUUUGUAAUACACUGCGGUUAAUUGCUAUGCAUGCGAAAUAUGUAGAGGUUAAGAUGUAAACAGUGAUAGGUAAUUUUCAAGGUGUUAAAAUUUCAGCAGCGUCGUACUUUCACGAACUUACAAAGUUCGUAAGAGUUCUUACUUGUCGUUCUAAUAAUAACGUGAACAAUAAUAAUAGUAUGUAACUGUAUCACUUAAAGCUUAUAUCUGAUGAAAUGCUUUGAAAAAUCGCUUUUUUUUAUUACUGAGGUUGUGUGUAGAAACUGCUGAAUCGGAAAACAUUUGUUGUUUAACC